CCUUGUCAUGCAAAUUGCUGCUCGCGCCCUCGCGGGAACCCAAACUCACAAAGGCGAGAAUUGGGCUGAAGACUGAUGUACUGAACGCUAUUUUCUGUACAUACUUUAAUCGGCUAAAAUGCGCCAUCUGUCUCUGCCGUGCUUUACUUUUGGCGCUACCAAUUGCCGCUCCGUCAACGACCGCAGAAUCGGCUUAUCCGCCGCGUCCAGCAGCAGCAAAAGGGUUGAAAUCAGAGCCAUGAGAGCCGUCGUCCAGCGGGUUGCCUCCGCCAGCGUCGAGGUGGAGGGGCGGCUCGUUUCGGAGAUUGGUCCGGGCCUUCUCGUUCUCGUCGGAGUUCAUGAGUCCGACACCGAUUCCGAUGCCGAUUACAUAUGCCGGAAAGUGUUGAACAUGAGAUUGUUCACAAACGAGGCCACCGGCAGAGGAUGGGACCAGAAUGUAAUGCAGCAGAACUAUGGAGUUUUACUAGUGAGCCAAUUUACAUUAUAUGGAGUUCUGAAGGGGAACAAGCCAGACUUCCAUGUCGCAAUGCCACCCCAGAAGGCCAAACCAUUCUAUGAUUCGUUAGUUGACAAGUUCAGGAAAUCAUAUAAUCCGGACGCCAUUAAAGAUGGCAUAUUUGGGGCGAUGAUGAAGGUUAACUUGGUAAACGAUGGUCCAGUUACAAUGCAGCUCGACUCGUCUCAGACUCAAACCACUAAGGCUGCAAAUAUGAAGGAAGCGGAGCAAUCAUAAAAAGCUAUGGACUUUUGCUGCUUUAAUUUCAGAAGUAGGAUGCCAGGGCAGCUGCCAUUUUGAUUC